CUGACGUCACGGACUGGACAAACAGGAAGUGAGAGAGAAACAGAGACUGCUAGUUACUAACGAGAGCAGACCUUAGCAAGCAAAUAUGGAGUUCCUGUUUGGACGACGCAAGACCCCAGAAGAGAUGCUGAGGCAAAAUCAGCGAGCUCUCAACAAGGCUAUGAGAGAAAUGGAUCGGGAGAGACAGAAACUAGAGCAACAAGAGAAGAAAAUAAUUGCGGAUAUUAAAAAAAUGGCAAAACAAGGACAAAUGGAUGCAGUGAAAAUCAUGGCAAAAGAUCUCGUACGCACUCGUCGUUAUGUAAAGAAAUUUAUCAUGAUGCGGGCAAACAUCCAGGCGGUUUCACUUAAAAUUCAAACACUAAAGUCCAACAAUUCUAUGGCUCAAGCUAUGAAAGGAGUAACGAAAGCCAUGGCCACAAUGAACAGACAGCUAAAGCUUCCCCAGAUACAGAAAAUAAUGAUGGAGUUUGAAAAGCAAUCAGAAAUUAUGGACAUGAAAGAAGAAAUGAUGAAUGAUGCCAUUGAUGAUGCCAUGGGUGAUGAAGAUGAUGAGGAGGAAAGCGAUGCUGUUGUAUCUCAGGUCCUGGAUGAGCUGGGCUUAACUCUGACCGAUGAGCUGUCUAACCUCCCAUCAACAGGGGGCUCCCUCAGUGUGGCUGGAGCAAAGAAAGGCGAACCCUCAGCGGCCUUGGCCGAUGCAGAUGCAGAUUUAGAAGAGCGGCUGAACAACCUGCGACGGGACUAAUGACUGGAAGCCUGUGACUCACGGACUCUUGAGUUUCUUAUUUUUAUCUUUCUUCUGUGUUUGCGUGAGGAUAUAGGUUAAAUGGCAAGCAAAUUGCCAUUUUCCCUGCAGGUGAGAAUCAAACCCAAUAAAUUGCUCACUGUGGCAACUUUUUUCAAGUUAUGUUCAAGUAUCUGUUAUGUGAGCAGACUGUUUUGAAUCGUUUCUUGUGUUCCCAGACUUAACUUGCACAUAGGGAAAUGCUGAGGGUCUUUCCCUUGCCGAAAAAAAACCAAAGGAUGUAAUUCCCUGUUGUGUUACAAAAUGAUAAGGAGUUACAGGGGAAGAAACAGUUGUUUUUAGUAAUACAAAUCCCUUGAUCUUCUUUAAAGGAGAACUAUAUAAGCAGGGCAGGAAUGUUGUACAUUAUGUUUUAUUCUUCUGUACCAGCCCAAGGCAACCACAGCCCUUUAGCAGGGAAGAUCUGUGCCCCCCGAAGCCCCCAUCUUCUUUUCUGCUGAUUCACUUCACAUGCUCUGUGCUGCUGUCACUUACGUGAGCUUAGGGACCGACUCACAAUAUACUGUAUAUGCAUAAUUUAAAUAUAAGACUAAUUUGUAAAUAAUACAGAUUAUUAGUGCAGUGGCAGCUCUGAAAUGUAAUAAUCAGUCCUGUAGCAUCACCCUCUAUGACAAUACUCCUAACAAAUUCCAGUAUGGUGCCCUCCUGUGACACCUUUGAAGGUCUCAGUCUUUACUACUACAGAGAUGCUGGUUCAAUAAGUUCAGCAUAUAAAAGAUAUGUUAAUUUUUAAGGUUCAGUUCUCCUUUAAAAAAGGUUGCACAAUUUUCUCUUUCCCAGUUAGAUAUAUGUAUGGGGUGUAUAUUAUUUGAAUGAAUGUAUAAAGUUCAUUUUAUUCUAAUAAAGCAUAUCAUACCUU